CUUCACAUACCGCCGCCAACGACGCGCCCGCCCCACUCCCGCCCGCCCUCAAGGUAAUCUCGCUCUCUCCCUCGACUCAAAAUGCCGGGCGUACGUGACAUCAGCGCGGAGGCCUUCAUCUCUGCAUACGCAUCCCACCUUAAGCGUUCGGGCAAGCUCGAGGUUCCCACCUGGGUCGACAUUGUCAAGACCGGCCCCUUCAAGGAGCUCGCCCCCUACGAUGCCGAUUGGUACUACGUCCGCGCAGCGGCCAUCGCAAGACACAUUUACCUCCGGAAAGACGUUGGCAUUGGCGCGCUCACGAAGCUCCACGGCGGCCGCAACAACCGCGGCAACCGCCCCUCGCACCACGCAGACUGCUCCGCAUCCGUGCAGCGCAAGAUCUGCCAGUCGCUCGAGAAGAUCGGUGUGCUCGAGCAGACCGACAACGGAGGCCGCCGCAUCAGCCAGGACGGCCAGCGUGAUCUCGACCGUAUCGCCACCGCGGUAGUCGAGGCGGCGCGCGAGGAGGAGGAGGACGAGGAGGAAGAAGAGGAGGAGGAGGAGGAAGAGGAGGAGUAGAUGCUUGGCCGUCCACCCACUGGCUAGGUGAUCGCGACGGUCUGCGGGCCCGGGCACGUCCUCCCCCCGUGUUGUACGAACUGUCUCUGCCCCCUCUACCCUUCGUCCGGACCCGCACGGCGACCGACACGAGCGACCACCCCGUAUGCUACAUGCCAUCCAAAAUCUUAGGCAGUACGCUGUAUCUCAUGCAUGCAGAUUUU